AUGGUUAACUGUUCUUCUCUGAUCAUGCCUUCAUCUAUGAUCAUUUUUCUCAUGGUUCUCAGUCAUUUCAUAUCCAUUAAUGGAAGAAAUAUGACAUGGAAUGACUCAUUUGUCCCUCUCGAGAUCCCAGGCAACAAGCUUCGAAGAGACGCCAAAGCGAUAAAGUUAGCGUCUAGGGAUUUUGGUAAGAUAAUAAACAUAAAGCCCAACGCAGUCCUCUAUCCGUCUUCUGUUGACGACAUCGUGAAUCUUGUGAGCUUGUCUUACAACUCCACAACCCCAUUUAGGGUAGCGGGGAAGGGCCGUGGCCACUCGAUUAGGGGGCAGGCCAUGGUGAAAAAUGGGGUGGUAGUAGAGAUGACUUCUUUAAAUGAUGUAAUUAAGAAUAAGAAUAAUAGAAUUAGAAUUUUCAAGGAUCCUGAAUUAGGGUUUUGUGCCGAUGUUGGUGCUGAACAAUUGUGGAUCGAUGUUCUUAAUACAACUCUAAGACAAGGGCUUUCACCGGUUUCUUGGACCGAUUAUCUUUACCUUACUGUCGGUGGCACACUCUCCAAUGCAGGGAUUAGCGGCCAAACUUUUCGUUACGGGCCACAAAUUAGUAACGUAUAUGAAUUAGAUGUUAUAACUGGAAAAGGAGAGCUCGUGACAUGCAGUAACAAGAAUAAUCCCGAGCUCUUUUAUGCGGUUCUAGGAGGUCUAGGUCAAUUUGGAAUCAUAACUAGAGCAAAAAUACGUUUGGAUAAUGCUCCAACAAAGGUGGAAUGGGUGAAGCUGAUAUACUAUGACUUCUCAGCCUACAGUAGGGACCAAGAGAAGCUCAUCUCUAUUAAUGAUGAUGGAUUGAAUUAUUUGGAAGGUUCUCUAAUAAUGGAUUAUAGCCCUCCAGAUAGUUGGAAAUCGUGGUUCUCUCCCGAUGAUGUAGCAAAAAUUAGCUCCUUGCUUACCCAUCACAAGAUUCUCUACUGUUUGGAGGCAGUCAAGUAUUAUAAUUACACCAAUACAAUCAAUGAGGAUGAAGACGGCGACAAGUUGUUCGAAGGUUUGAGCUAUGUUCCUGGGUUUAUCUUCAAGAAAAACGCAGACUACAUGGAUUUUCUCAAUAGGGUAAGGGUAGAAGAGCUAGUACUUCAAUCCCUAGGGCUAUGGGAUGUCCCUCAUCCAUGGCUAAAUAUGUUUGUACCGAAAUCACGUAUAAUGGACUUUAACCAAGGAGUAUUUGUGGAUAUCAUUCACAAGCAAAAUAGAUCAACCGGGCCACUCCUUGCCUACCCAACAAUGCGAAACAAGUGGGAUGAUAGGAUGUCAGCAAUCAUACCGGAUGGAGAGAUCUUCUACGUCGUUGGACUAUUGCAUUCAGCUAAGGAUGGCGAUUGGAAAACAUGGGACAAUCAAAACAAACAAAUAUUAGACUUGUGCAAAAGAACUGGAAUUCAAGUUAAGGAAUAUCUUUGGAAUCAAAAAACCAAGAAAGAAUGGAUUCUUCAUUUUGGUUCGAAAUGGGACACUUUCCUUAAGAGGAAAACUCAGUUUGAUCCAAAAAUGAUAAUGUCACCGGGACAAAAGAUUUUCAAUUAA